GUUUAUCUAAUCGCUACCACCGACACAGUCUCUACAGCAGCUCCUUCUCUUCGCCUCGCGUUGGUUUCACCUGUCAGUUUCAACGCAGCCACACACACACACACACACACACACACUCACCACCGGUCAGACAGGUGCAGCUGGUCCUGCGACAUUCCUCCGCCGCUGCGCACUGGUAUGUAUGCGUCCGCCUGUGGCAAUAAAAAAAAACAAAACCGCAGGUGUAAUUCGGCUUGUGGAGGAUUAGAGAGGAAUGAGCAUUUGCAGUCUGCUCAGGUAUGAAGAGGAAGCCAGUGUGUGUUCUGUGUCAUGACAUUUACGUGUUUCGCCACCAUAGCGAUGCACGUGUGGAUCCCACCUAUGGUGUCGGCAUUCAUCUCCACGCUGCUGUCCCUGCUCAGCUUGACUCUGCUGCUGCUGGUGUGCGUCAUCAGGAAGAAAAGAAGGAUGGAGGGAACGUACAAGCCCAGUGCAGAGGAGAGGAAACAGACGAGGGUAGCGGGUUCUGAAAAACCCAGUCUGCCUCUGCCUUUGCCGAAAGAGGAACGUCUCAUAUGAUGAAAAGGGACCUUGCAUACCUUCGCUCCUCUGUCACUGUGUAAACCUGUGGAUCGAUUCCUCCGGUCUCCUCAUGUUGCUGCUGUCCUUCAGACACAUUAAACUGCACUUUUUCAUUCCCUUUGACAACAAAUGGACUGAUUGAACUGGACAUGCUGUUUCACUGCAUGAGAAGAACGUCAUGCCCACUGUUAUUUUUCCCGUUUCUGAAGAGCUUCUUCCUUUAUUCUGCCACGUGAAGGACAUGAGCUUGAGUAUAUAUUGUAUUUGUGCAGAAGUUAGUCUCGUUUUUACCGUUCACUAUAAUUGUACAGCAAAACAUUGUGCACAAUGCUGAUUUAAAUAUCACUGACGAUGACUGUUAUGUCAAGUGUGAAGAAAUGAUUUCAUAGGAAAAAAAAGAAAAAGAAAUGAGCAAGUAUGUUUCACAGUGUUCUGUAAAUAAACUAAGACAUGUUCACCCCA